AACACUCAACUUUUGUAAUGUCACCAAUGUCACACGUCAUGUCGUCAAAUUAUAUCGCGUCAAACUUUUGAAACUGCUUAAAAUUGAAUUCAAAGAAUAAAAUCAUUCAGAACACGUAAAAAUUCCGUAUGACUAGUACUAUUGUUACAAUUUUAACACAAUAUAAAAAAAAAUUGCUGAUCUUCCACGGUUCACUACCCCAAGUGUAAUUGAUACUGCUCGACACAGUUUUCGCAAAAAUGGCUGUAAAAGGGGAUAGUAUUCCUAGUAAAAAGAGUGUACUCGUGGCAUACGUGCUCUGGCUGUUUGGUGGUAUAUUCGGGGUGCACCAUUUCUACCUACGACGGGACCGACAUGCGUUCGUGUGGUGGUCUACUCUCGGAGGGUUCGGAGUGGGUUGGCUGGGCGAGAUCUUCAGGAUCCCUCGCUAUGUGCGAGACGCAAACGAAGACCCGAAGUACAUGGAAGAGCUGGUCGGCAGAAUGGUCAGGAACAAGAAGCCACCAUUCUCCAUGAAUCGCUUCACGGGAAUGCUGAUGGUGGGCUACUCCUGGGGUCAGAUCAUGAUGCAUGCCGUGCCACCCGAUGAGUUCUAUGGCAUCAACCUCAGAUACCUCAAUAUUCUCAUUCCUCUGGCAGCUAGUAUAGGUGUGUGGACGGUGGGUAACAUCGGUCGCGAACGUGGCACGCUCAAGUGGCCCCUGCUGGCUGCGUACGCGGCUUAUCCGCUGCGUUACUACGUGUACGAUGAGACGGUGUGGUUCACGCUCGUGGUGCUCGCUGCGUGUCUCGCGUUCGACUCCUUCUCGAAGGAGUGGCGCAGGACGCCGGUUAGGAGGCACUGGGUGAAACGAAUCGCAACCUUGGGCCUGUGCGCGACCCUGUUCCUGUCCCUGUGGGCCAGCUACCUGUACUUCCACGGCACGAUAACGGACAGCGAGGGCGAUGAGGUGCCCAUAUACGAGGCGAUACACCACUUCUUCACUAGCCCUUGGUGGCUGGACGUGAAGCAGUGCCUCUACGAGACGUAUCAGUACGCACAGCACCACGGCUGGUACGAGGUCUGGAAGCAGAUCAUCGACUUGUCCGACCCACAUGGCGAACAAAACGCCUACAAGGUCCUUGGGCUGGGACCGGAUGCGAGCCAGCAGGAAAUCACGACGACGUGGAGACGCCUGUCCCGCGAGCAUCAUCCUGACAAAGUGAAGGAACAGGCGCUGAGGCGGGCCGCACAGGAACGCUUCAUGGAGAUUCAGCAAGCAUACGAGAUCUUGUCCAACAGCAAGCACCGGCGCCACAGGAAGAACAAGAAGGACAACUCCGAGUAAGGAGGUAGCUAGUUCGUUUUAACCCUUUCAACGCCAUACGUACACUGUAAUCACACUGAUACGAAGCAGUCGCUCCGUUGUAUGAGCGUGGCAGCGAUGUCCAGAUCGCACGCAGAAGCGACGCGCGCAUUCGGAUCCAAUGUGAAGACCGCCAUACUAAAAUCAUACGCCAAGAUCAUGGAUAGUUUCGACUUAAUAUAAAAACCGGCCAAGUACCAGUCGGACUCGCGCACGAAGGCUUCCGUACUAGGAGGAUAUAACCAAACGGAGUAACCAUUAACAGGCGUUCCCCUCUGUCGAAAAUAGUCGGCCAAUGGUCAUACACAAUGUAUAGACUGACGUUUAUCUGACAUGGCUAUUUUGACGUCACAUAUACAUUUGACGCUCCCCUCCCCCGCAAAAAUUGGCAGAUUUAUUUGUACAGCGAAUUACAGACGUGGCGGCUCCAUUUGGUUAUAUUCUCCUAGGUUCCGUUACAUUACGCAAAAAACGGCAAACAAAAUCACAUUUGUUGUAUGAGAGCCCCACUUAAAUAUUUAGUUUAUUCCGUUUUUAGUAUUUGUAACUUGUAACAGAAAUAACAUAAUCUAUGAAAAUUUCAACUAUCUAGCUAUCACGGUUCGUGACGGACGGACGGACAGCGGAGUCUUAGUAAUAGGGUCCCGUUUUUACCCUUUGGGUACGGAACCCUAAAAAGCGAACAGACAUACGAAUGUAUGCGUGCUUGGAGUCUGAGGGGUUAAAAGAUCGAUCGUAUCAGAGUUUAAAUUGCAAUGAAGUGGACUUUACUAAUCAAUAUGUAUAUAUUCAUAUAUAUAUCAAUUAUGAUCCCAAAAUAUGACGUAUAAGUGUAUGGGUAAGUUGUAGUCAAAACGAAAAAUUCGUCAUUUUUAGGGUUCCGAGUACCCGACACUAUUGCCUUGUUCAUCUGACAUUGUGGUUGUGGUUGAUUCUAUGGACAUGUUUCCGACUUGAAGGUCUGGUUUCUAUUUCACAAACGUGGUAAGUUGGCAAAACAAUUUGGUAAGCAGGUGCUCCCUAUGACGCUUGGUGAUAAUUUUAACCAUAAAGGUGAAUAAAUAAAAGACUGAUGAUUAAUCAUCAGUUACUUUUUUGGCCUUUUUUGAGAAAUUAUUAAUUUGACAGGUUUAAAGUAUAUUUGAAAGACAAAUUGCCGCUCUUAACGGCUAUGAAUUUAGCAAACAUUUUGUAGUAGAUAUGAUAAUAAUAAUAAAGCGGUACGUAGGAACCUAUGAUAUUUAUAAAAUCGAUAAAUUCUAGCGCUUCCAAAUGUUUUAAACUUUUUCGAAAAUUUUGCUCAAUGAUUUUUCGAAUAGCACGAAUCUUUACGGUUAGUGAUUUUAUUGCAUUUUGUUACUUAAUCUAAAUAAUCUUUAUAAUUAUAUAAAUGUAAAUCAUUACUAAGCAAUAUUAAAAAGUAUUUUAUUAUUUUGUAAGUAUUUCUAUAGAUCUGGUUGUCUAAUCACUAAUUGUUGUAUAAUGAUAUUUAGUAAUAAACUGUCAGUUUUAUGGAAUCUAUUUAUUUAAGAUUUUUAAUGUAAUUUAUGCCAUAAGUAUAAAUAUAAUUUAAUGUACCUUAAACUCGGGUUAUUUUAGGCUACUCACGGUCCUACCUACUGUCUGCGCGCGAAUUCCGUGCACGGCUGAGGAAUGUUAGGAAUGUUGGGCGUCAUGACAGAGUGAUUAUGACUGGUGUCAUUUUGUACGUACGAGCGCCCCCCCCUCCCCCCCCUUCCUCGACCUCCGGGUUGUUUAGCUCCGUUCAAUUUUCACACCAUACAAAAUCUCUACAAAAUACUCUGUUUCUUACAAACUGUUACAUUCAAAUGUCACUGACAAAUUUCGUUUUUUUUUUCCUUGUAUAAAUUAGCACUAAUAAAUUAGACCAGCUUCCUUAUCUCUCUAUGGUCCAGUCGAAAAAACCCUUUGAAAAAAAGUAUGUUAUAGUUACAUCAUGUUGUUUUCAAAAACUAAUGUAUUGUUGGCAAUUAUACCCUCUUACAGUAAUCUGGAACUACGGUGAUAAAAUAACGUAAUUGUAGUUAAAAAUUGUUGCUUAAAAAGUAUUGUAAAAUUUAAAAUUAGUCGAUUCUGAUUAGUUUUGUAUCGCGAAUAACUAGAGAAAUCAAAUCCAUCCAACAUUUCUUCGGUUUCAAUGACGGUGCAGCCCUACCCAACCCGUCUACCUCUAACCUGUACUAGCGUCGUUUUCUUGUCGUUGCUCAUUUCUGUUUUUAUUUAUAAUUUUACAUUUUUGAUCAAUAAAUGUUUUGUGUUGUGAAAAUAACUAGAGAAAUAGAGUUAGACCAAGAAAAGUCUGCAGUGAUUUUGACAGCACACGCAGUGCCAGUGUUAUUUAUACGUCAUAAUUUCAUAGAAGUUUGACGUUUAAAAUAACACCUGCACUGCGUGUGGUGUCAAAAUCUCUGCAGACUUUUCUUGGUUUGACUAACUAAUUUAUACUAAUUUAUAAUAUUUAUAAAAUGGCAACUGACGCACAAUAGGGUAUUAGACAAUUUUUUAUGAAUGGUAUCAGUCGAUCGGGUUUGUUUUGAGGAUCAAAUGUCUGUAUGGGACCCAUUGUCUUAAAGCAAUACAAAAGUCACAAAUGUUGGUCAAAGUCUGGCACCCGCUUUACUGACAAAACGCUUCUAACAAAAUGGCAAUACACCGUGACGUCACCAUCAAACGUCGCUAUUGCUUAGAAGCUGUUUCGAUGUAUGGAAAACAAGGAAAUUGCGAUUUUGUCAGUGAAAUAUUGCGUUCAUGUAUAUUGUUGCUGUACAAUAUUUUUUGAAAUAAAAUGUAAGGAAUCGAAUGGUACCAAAAAAAAAAUUUUAACAGGUAUUUUUUUAUUAUUCCCAUAUAUUUUUUUAAGUAUCAAUUUAUUGUGAUAAAUUGCUCAUUUUCUAUCUAUUUAGCUACUUAGUUAUAAAAUUUAACAUGUGUCAACAACCCUAUUGUCGUUAUUAGUAAUAUUUUAGCUCACACUUGAUCAAAGAUUUAACGCAUAAGUAGCAAAAAUACUUAAUGAGAGAACCCGUAUUCUUUUUAAUAUUUGUAAAACAGAUGACGCCCUUUCCCAUCAGAUUCCUUUUGUAUACCAAUAAUGUAACUUUAUAUACUAAAAUUUGAACUGAUUUUAGUUUACUUUACAGUACCUAUAUACAUAUGUAGUUUGUAUUUUGUACGGAUAAUGUAAGAUACAAUAUGUAGGCAAUUUUCUAAUAUGCUUUUAAAACCCGUGGCAUUAAAAAAAAUCUUUAGAGUAUUUUUUUUUUUUCGAUUUGAUCGAGAAUUAUCAGUAUCAUGAAAGCAUUAAUUCCUUGACAAUGAACGUGUUAAGAAAUUGUAUUGUAUAGUAGCAUUGUAUAUUAAAAUAUACUAUAUCCACUCACAUGAAUAUUACGUAAAGAUUAAGUCUGUCAACUCGAAUAUUGCAUUUACGAUGCCAAAUUUACAUUAUUUAGAUAGUAAUUAAAAUAACGAUAAAGCUCCUAUUAAAAGGCACUUAUUGGUUUAAGCUUAAUUAAAAAAUACUGAGAAAAUAGUAUAUUUUUAUAUCUUCUUCGAGAUCUUUGUCUCCUCUUCCUAUUUCUAAUAUGUUUCCAAUCUCUCUUAUUCUGUUUUUGUGUCUUUUCUUUUUUCUAUUUAGAGUUUAUUAAUGUUUUUGAAUUAUGAUGUAUUUAAUAUUUACCGUGUAGGUAGGUAUAGAUUAAUUAAGUCGGUACGUACUUACCAUAGGUGCUGAAUGUGUCCAUGAAGACGAUAAUCUUUUGUGCCAAUUUCAUCGUUCUACUCCAUACAUUAAUACUAAAAAAAUUCUGCUAGUCGGGUCCUUUUUUAAAGGAAUUUAGAAGCUGAAUACUAAAUUUUUGAACUCUUUUAUAAAGGAGUUAAAAAAAUUAUGCCGAGGUUCUAAAUUUAAGUAGAGGAGCGCAAACGCGUUUCCGCAGUCAGAGGGUUAACUUGUAAACGAAAUACAUCAUCAUCAUCCUCGCGUUGUCCCGGCAUUUUGCCACGGCUCAUGGGAGCAAGGGGUCCGCUUGGCAACUAAUCCCAAGAAUUGGCGUAGGCACUAGUUUUUACGAAAGCGACUGCCAUCUGACCUUUCAACCCAGAGGGUAAACUAGGCCUUAUUGGGAUUAGUCCGGUUUCCUCACGAUAUUUUCCUUCACCGAAAAGCGACUGGUAAAUAUCAAAU